AUGAGUGAGCACUCCGUCGAAAAAGACGACGGUGUUUUCCACCUUCCCGGGCAUCCGCUGCCUGCGUUUGUGUCGCUGGUCAGCACGGAUGCCGCGGCGCCGAGCGUCGACCUGUUUCUCGUGUCGCUGAGCCGCCCCGUUCUUCUGUGUGCAUUCUCCUUCCCCUCGAAAAAGGCGGGCGACGAAGUCGAGGUCGACUGCGCGCCGUCGCAGCCGAGCACGCAGCAGCUGUGUUCGUUUAAAGAGCACCUCGGCGCGCUGCGGCAGCGCGAGCCGGACCUGCUCGUGUACGGCCUGAGUAUGUACCCCCCCGCGUGCCAGAGUAAGGUGCACGCCACGCUCGGUCUGCCGUUCCCCCUGCUGAGCGACACGCGUGGCGAGCUCGCCGAGAAGCUUGCGCUUCCCCGCGCGGACGAGUGCGGCGUCGCGCUGCUGCGGCGGUGCACGAUGCUGAUCCGCGAAGGGCAGAUCCAGCGCCUCGACUUUCCCUUGCUGCAGCCUGCGCAGGCCGCGAUGCGUGCCGAGUACAUGCUGCAGCGUGACGCUGGCGAAGCGUGA